AUGUCGCUACUCAAGCUCCUCACGAGGGCCCUUUAUCUGGCUGCUCUCGCCACUGGAGUAGCUAUGCCACUUUCCAGCAUAGACAUUGACACCAACUCUCCGAGAGUUGACCUUGGAUACUCAAUAUACCGUGGUGUAAGACUCGAAGCGGGCGUGGAUCAGUUCUUGGGCAUGCGAUAUGCCCAGGCCCCACUCGGCGAUCUCAGGUUUAGAGCGCCCCGGCAGCCCGAGGGUAAGGUUGAAGAACAAGAUGCAUCCCAAUUUGGUCCUAUUUGUGUCGGUACAGGGCAGCAACCAGGUCCAGGCAUCGAUGAGGACUGUCUAUUUGUCAACGUCUUCAGACCCUCAAACGCUACGCCUGCCUCCAAGCUCCCCGUGCUGGUAUAUAUCCAAGGCGGUGGAUACGCAACUAAUGCGAACUCCAACUACAAUGGCACGGAGAUCAUUCGAUCCUCGGGCGGCAACAUUGUAUUAGUCAACUUUAACUACCGCGUUGGUGUCCUUGGUUUUCUCGCCAGUGAAAUGGUCAGGCAGGAUGGAGACUUAAAUGUUGGCCUCCUGGACCAACGGCUGUUACUGCUCUGGGUGCAGGAGCAUAUUAGCAAGUUUGGUGGUGACCCAGGCCAUGUUGUUAUACAAGGCCCGUCAGCUGGUGGUGGCUCCGUAUCCCAUCACCUCGCGGCAUACGGAGGCAAUGCAAAAGAUAAACUCUUCGUUGGAGCGGUUCUUGAGAGUCCCUUUUGGCCCACAUUACGAACUGUCCCAGAGAUGGAAUUCCAAUAUCAGCGGCUGCUGGGCUUAACUGGCUGCUCGUCCGUAAGCUGUCUGCGAGAGAUGAACACUUCUGCUCUCCAGGCAGCAAGCUACGGCUCCAUCUUCCCCGAAGCUAAACCCAGCGACCCCACACCACUUUGGUACUGGUUACCGACCAUCGACAACAAACUCAUCCCUGACCAGCUAUAUACCGCUUUCGCAACUGGCCGGUUCGCCGCUGUACCCAUGCUUGUGGGCCACACCACAAACGAGGGCUCGUACUUUGCAUAUAACGCGUCCAACGCCUCCCAAGUCUCUGCCUUUCUCCGCACCAACUACCCCCAUCUCACAAACGCACAGUUAGAAGACAUCAAUCAGCACUACACGCCAAUGGACCCCGUCCCCAAUCACGCAGCAUUCUUCCCCAGCGCUUCCGCCGCGUAUGGUGACGCUACCUUUACCUGCCCUGCCAAUGACAUAGCAGGCGCCGUGGCGCGGUUCCUAAGCCGGGAGCGGGUGUGGAGUUACCGGUAUAACGUGCUUGAUCCGGAGACUGUAGCCGGUGGCUUAGGGGUCCCCCAUACGUUUGAGACGAGCGCUAUUUUUGGACCGGGACAAGCAGGCUCGGCCCCAGCGUCUUACUACACAACCAACGCACCUAUUGUGCCCGUAACCAUGGGGUACUGGGUGAGUUUUAUGCGGAGCCUAAAUCCGAACACUUAUAAAGAACACGGUUCGCCGACAUGGAAACCAUGGGGGAAUUUCCAGGGUCGUCAGCUUCGGCUACAGACUAAUAACACAGCGAUGGAAGAGGUUCCGGAUUGGCAAGUCGGGAAGUGCUUACUAUGGAAGCAUCUUGCUCGGACAAUGGAGAUAUAA